AUGGCAUGUCGCCAAAUAUGGACAGAAGAUCGGAGGUAUGUCAUGGCAUCUGUACAGAGGCAACAGGUGUUUUUGGAGGCACUCCGUGAUAAAAAUUGUUACCUGUCAAAUUUUCAUCGUGUUCACGCCAGGGUUAUGGAUGGAAAUGGGAAGCAAUCACGAGAUGAUGGAUUAAAUGCACCACAGACUUUUCUUGUUGAUGCUGAUGGUGCAAUGGCAGUUGAAUUGACUAGAGUGGAACUUCAAGAAUUCAGGGCGGCAAAUGUGUCUGACGCCCAGCAUGAUACCCAUGAACAGCCUGAAGAAUCAUCCUCUGCGUGUCGAAUCUGCCUGGUGAACUCGAAGGACGACAGAUUCAUCUCACUCUGUCACUGCAGAGGAACUGUGGGUCUUGUCCACAGACAUUGCCUGGAAAAGUGGCUCAAUGAGUCAGGAAAGACUGAGUGUGAAUUGUGUCAUUUUCGAUAUCAAACAGCAUCAACACUCAGAUAUACCCUCAUGGAAUCCUUAAGGAUUUGGUAUCGACAUCCACUCAAUAGAAGACUUCUUGGCACAGAUAUCCUGCUUUGCGUUGUCUUGACAAUCAUAGGAUUUGGCAUGACCCUAAUUUGUGCCGUUGUCCUUCACUACUUUAGGUCUAAGACUCAAGAUCAGGCGGAUUUUCCCAGAAACUGGGCUGUUGGCUCAUUGAUAGCCUUCCUCGUCGUUGUGGUUCUCUCCUACAUUCUCAACAUUUUCUUAGUGGUGAGAAGUCAAAUAAUUCCUUGGUACACUUGGUGGCAGAACAAUCGUCGGGUAAUACUGCUUAUGGAGUAAAAUUGCAAAUUGUCUGAUGGGCUUUUCCACAUCACUGGGUAUCGUGUGAAAGUUCAGUGGUAGAAAAGCUCAGAAAAUGCCUCACAACUUUUUGUUGCGGGUGUGACACAUUAAAACAAGCACAAUUAUUACUCUACUUUUCUCUUCGAGGGGUAUAUAUAGAAAU